CAGAGCUUUUAAUGGGGCUCCAACCCAUUGAAUUGCUCUAAUUGUCAAUAAGGGAAAAAAAAAAAACUUGUCUUUCAGUUCUCCAUUGAAGCGCACUUCACGUUCUCCAUUGAAAUACUUGUAUCUCCCAUUGAAGCAGCUUCUGAGGUUGUCUAGUGGUGCUGCCUUAAUGGGUGACAGUAUUACAGUCAGUCAUAACCUGAUACUUCAGCUAGUAGAUGGUGAUGACAAGUCAAAGAAAAAACCUAAGAAAAGUAAGCCAAAGGUACCUAGGGAGUCUCAGCAGUCACAGAAGAAAGUACCCCAGAAGCAGCUUCCUGACGAGCCUAAAGCUCAAAAAGACACUCCUUCCGCUGGUUGGCCUCUUCAACCCCCAUUCUUUUUGCCUGUGCCUCCAUCCCCAAAUCCAGAGCUAGAAGCUGUUCGAUCUGUUUUAAAGGAGAGUGAAGCUGUUUUGGAGAAAAUGCAGAAACAUGAGGAGAACAUGCUGAAAGAAGUGACACAGAGAUCAAAGGAACUACAUGAGAAAGAAUUCAAGCUUCCUCAGCAGAAAUCUAUUGUCUGUCAGUCUGAGAGAGAUGCAUGCACAGCAUGUUACAAAGAACACACUGCAGAAUCGCUCAAAUGCGCAAGUGUGGUCCAAAGGUAUCAAGACUGCGUACGAAGAGCAAAAAACCUUGGAAAAUUGCUUGGGUGAUUGUUACAUUUUUUAGGACAUCUGCAUCUCAGGUUUGAUGUAAAUGUAAUUUGACAAAAUUGUUACCUAUCAUGCCAUAAUAAGAUGUCAGUUUUGUACUUAAUUUUGACUACUUGGGACUCGAUUCAACAUUUUGCCCCACAGAAUCGUCAAAACGUUUACAGUCGGGUCAGCUAUAAAUGGCUAAACAUCGUACUUGCUGGUGUGGAUCAAAAAGGGAUUUUUUUUUGAGGUUUGCCUUAAUGAUUUAUUUAACACACUAAUGUUUGAGUUUUUUGUCCUGUAUUUUGUCCACUUUCCUGGCUUGCAUGGUUUCAAGAUGUCUGAAGGGCUGUGCAGCAAGAGGUUAUAACAGUGAAUUGGAAUGCUGGGAGAGUAGGGGAAAUUGUUAAGAGUGCCCGUCUUUGUGGAACUUUUAUCGUUUUAUGGUCUUGUUUGUUUUAUUAGGCUGCAUUGUAUCUAAAUUUCCUGCAACAUUGCUACUCAAUGUUUUAUUGAUAUGAAAAGGGGAAAUAUUAAUCCCAAUAAUUUCCAUUGUC